GUUCGCGUUCCAUGUUGGCCCGAACAGCUCUCAGAAUGCCCAGCCGCUCUCUCGCAGCGGCGGAGAGAACCCGUGCGAUCUCACGGCAUAUGAUGGUGAGCUCACAGGCCGGAGCCAGCGCCCCCAAGCCCCAGGCGAAUGGAGACGAGCCCCCAGUGGUGUUCGAAACUGUUGGCCAGCUUAGAAAGUAUGUCCUCAAUCGACCACAGAAGCUCAACGCGCUGGACACCCCGAUGCUGAAACUCUUACGCCCGUACGUCGAGGACUGGAGCCGGUCACAGCUGUCCAAGAUUCUUGUUGGUCAAGGUGUUGGCCGCGCCUUCUGUGCGGGCGGUGAUGUUGCGGGCGUCGUUGAACUGGCUGCAGACGAGAAGACAAGACCCGAAGCAAUAGAUUUCUUCAAACGCGAGUUCGAAUUGGACUACCUGCUUGCGGCCGUGGCGCAAGUAUACGUCGCCGUAAUGGACGGCAUAACAAUGGGAGGCGGAGUGGGCCUGGCCGCCAACGCCCCGUUUAGGAUAGCGACAGAGAACACGCUUUUUGCGAUGCCGGAAACAAAGAUUGGCUAUAGUCCCGAUGUAGGCGCAACAUUUUUCUUAUCCAGACUGGACGGAGAGAUCGGUACAUACUUGGGUCUUACCGGCGAAUCAAUCAAAGGCCGUGAUGUAUACGAACUCGGACUGGCUACGCACUUUAUUCCGUCGCGCAGAAUACCUGCGCUUCUGGAACGACUCGCCUCUCUGGACCGGGCCUCUUAUGAGGUAGUCGACAGUACAAUUGAAGAGUGCUCCCAGGAGCGUGAGCCUGGCGAGCCUCCCUGCACCUUUAUCAGCAAGCUGCGUACCGUUCUAGAUUCCGUUUUCUCCCACAACAGCGUGGAGGAAAUCAUCGCGGAUUUGAAGCAGGUGCAUGAGAGCCACGAAGAUGCCAGCAUCCGCAAGUGGGCGGAAGAAUCCCUCGCCGCACUCGACCUCCGGAGCCCGACCAGCCUUAAAGUUGCCCUCCUCGCGCUCCGCAAGGGCCGGACGGCGACGCUGCACGGUGCGCUCCAGAACGAGCUGAACAUCGCCACUGCUUACUGUAGCGGCGCCAGCCCCGACUUCAAGACAGGAGUCACUUCCGUACUGGUUACUAAGACCAAGGAGCGUCCCGCCUGGUCUCCGUCUACAGUGGCUGAGGUCCGAGAUUCGGACAUCGCUGCCAAGUUCUUCGGACAGUACUCACCCCAGAACGGCACUGCACCAUCGCUCGAGCUGCCCAAGGACGUCGACGUGGAGCUCGGCAAGACUAACGAACCGAUGCGUUUCGCGCUUCCGACUGAGCAAGAAAUUCACCAGAUGGUCGCCGGUAGCCAUAGGUCCAGUGGUAGCACUGGGCUCACCAAGGAAGAGCUCGUACAGAAAUUUGUGAGUCUCCGUAAGGGCAAGACAGGCGUCAGGGAAAAAGUUGUCGAUGUCGUAGAACGCAAAUGUGUCGAGGAGCUGGACAAGGCAUCGGGCAAGAAGUACCUCAAAUGGAAGGGCCACUGACAUGUACAUGAUGUAGGCUGAACCUUUUCCAAGCGUCCUCGUUGCUAUCUUCCGUAACGCUAUCCCCGCUCAUUCCGAGGAGCUUUUUCCGUCGAAUUACUCGGUCCUGUCUGCUAUCGCUGCCGUACAUGCUAUACACACAGUUCCCGCACUCC